GCCACCAAAGAGAGAUAAAAGAGCCGCAGGUUGCAGACCUCAGGGCUAUAUGAGUAAAACGGAAUUGACAUCUCUGGUCUCUUCUUAGAUCAUCCCAUGCUCAUGACUCACCUCUACCUGUCUGACUCUGAUUUAGCUUUUUGGACUUUUAGCUGAGAUUUGUUUCUGUCAGAACUAAUAAACUUACUGCCUACCCGUUUGUGACAUCCAGGAUUUGGAGUUUAAUGUCCAUCACUGCAAGAGUCAACUGGAAUGUUUUCGAGGCUCGAUGAUUCCUUCUGGAUACAGAGUUCAUCUUCCAGCAGGAGUUGGCUCAAAGUGUUUACGAUCUAUCAUCUCUAAAAUACUUUGAUUUAAUCAUAAUCUCUGUCUUUACUUUUUUGGAAAAUGGUGAUUUCACCAAAAUAUUCUUAUUUAUGUAUAGAUACUCAAACAGGGGGCCCUGAAUCCAUAUUCUAUGAAAGCUGAAACUUUUUGAAUGGAAUUAUGGGAAAACUUUCCCGUGAUGUUCUAAUAUUUUGGAAAUUGGUCCAAAAGCAUUUAAUUUUUUUUAAUUCUUUGAUUUAUUUCCUUUUCUUCUUUUGGUUUUCACAGCUUUAGAGUUUAGAUUUGACCCUAACCUGGUAUUUAGUUAGUUAAACUCCUCCCACACAAACUUCAAAACUUUGACUCUUUAGUUUCAUUUUCCAAACAAAUGAACGAAUAGUUUAAAUAUAUUAAGAAUUUUAAGGAUCAGUUACUUUUUCAAAUGUUUGUACUUAUGAAGGGCUGACCUGGAGGGACCUCUCCCCGUAAAACCAGAACCGAAUACCUGAGUCACUCACAUCUACUGUACAUUGCCUGGACUUGUUGGAUCAUUUUGAUUCUGGGUAAAAGAAUGUUAUAACUCAAAUAGUAGAGUGGUUGCUGCUAAAUGAAACAUUUUUUUACACAAAAGUUUUUUUUUUAUUAUUAUAUUUUAUUUAAUAUUUUUUUAAAUUUCAAAGGGAUUUAUUCAAACACUUCUUUUUUAAUUUCACAGAUUAUCCUGUUGUUUGAUUUUUACCUCCUUGCCUGUAAAUGCAAAGAAAAAAAAAGAUUCCCUGGAGGACAUUCCACAAUGUUUGCCGCUAUUUUCGAUUUAAAAUACGACACUUGAGGGGAGAUUUUAGUUGAAAUGAACUGAGACGCAUCAGUUGUAACUUUUAAAGGGAAUUCAUUUCAAUUUUGUGAUAAGAAUCUGUGGCUCAGACCUCCUGUCUGCACGCCUCUGGGAGGUGGAUGAAUAGUCAGGCAGAACCAGUUUUGCUCUCAGUCAGGCGGAGGAGCAGCUUGUAUGAAGACACAAAACUCCCUUUGGAUUAUUUAUUUAUUUAUUUUUUAUUGCUCUUGCUCACGGUUUCGUGAGUGAACUCCUGACCUGUCAGCUGGAUCAUAAAGGAGCACUUUCUUUUAGUUUCUUGUUCAGUCAAAGUUCUGAGGAGGACCGGACGGAGCUGCAGUCAUGGGAGAAUGGGGGUUUCUGGGCUCGUUCUUCGAGACUCUGGCGAGCCACUCGCCUAUGCUCGGUCGCAUCUGGCUCUUUCUCAUGCUGGUGUUCCGGAUCCUGAUCCUCGGAACCGUUGCCAGUGACAUGUUUGAGGACGAGCAAGAGGAAUUUACCUGCAACACCCUCCAGCCGGGCUGCAAACAGGUGUGCUACGACAUGGCCUUCCCCAUCUCCCAGUACCGGUUCUGGGUGUUCCACAUCGUUCUCAUCGCCACUCCGUCCUUGGUUUUCCUCCUGUAUACCAUGCACCAUCACAACAAGAGAGUCAACCACCUCAAAAGAUGCAAAUACAGCAAUGAGAACUUAAGAGAGGAGCGCCGAUUCAGAGUUUUCUACAUCAUCAACCUGCUUUUCCGUAUCGCAGCAGAAGUGGGCUUCAUUGUAGCUCAGUGGAAGCUGUACGGCUUUGAGGUGACGCCCCACUUUGAAUGUCAACGCUUCCCCUGCCCAAAGAUUGUGGACUGUUUCACCUCCCGACCUGCAGAGAAAACCAUCUUCCUCCACUUCUACUUCUCCGUGGGGGUGGUAUCGGCAUGCAUCAGCUUCUUGGAGCUCUGCUACUGCUACAUCAAGUGGUUCUGUUGCCCUCCGAGCAGAUCACCGGCUCGGGACUCCUGCAACUGUGAGAACCUCCUCAAUUGUGAGCACGAGGAGCACGAGGAGGAGCAAGAUAGAAGGAAGACCCCUGUGAGCCCUAAGAAGGGGUCAGUGAGGAGCAGCAGCAGCAGCAGCAGCAGCAGCAGCAGAAGCAGCAGAAACAGCAGCAGAAAGCAGAAGAGCUGGAAACACGCAGGCAACAAACAAGACAUCGUUUGACAACUAACACAUGUUUUAUGGUUAUCAAUAAUCAUUUCCACAAUUGAUUCGAUUCACCAGAACCCGGAUCGAUUUCAUUCUAAUUUUUUUCUAUUCCUUGGAUCCACUCAGUUUGAUUCAGUUCACACAUUUGUUUAGAAAUACGUUAAUAAUCUACAAUAAUUUGCUAAAUGUCAAUAAUAUACAGUGUUAAAUGGUUUCUCAAAAGGAGAAGCUCCAACAAAAAUGUUAAGAUUAUUAACAUUGUUCUGCUUCUCCUGGAGGGCGUUGCAGUUUGGCCACUAGGUGGAGCUCACACUAAAGCAGUACACUUUUUUUAAAGAAGAAUAAGCAUAAAAUGGUGCUUUAGUGUAGUUUACAAAAUGUUUCCUUAAAAAAGUUUGGGAAAAGUUCCUGCCUGUGAGUAUAUAAAUAUGUUGAUUUAGUCAGUAAUGUAUGUAGCGUUAGCAUUAGCCGUCCUAUGGGAAAUUUCUUUAUACGUUAGCAUCAAGCUAGCAAACUUUAGCUUUGUGUACUAGAUCCCUUUCUACUUUUAUGGAUGGAUUAUUGAUCUAUUAAACUUGAAUCGAUUUAGUCGACCCAGCUCUAAUAUUUAGAUAGUAUUUAGAAAUUUAUGAAUCAAAGCCUGAAACAAGAGAAAACAGGAAGAGGAAUCGCCCUGAAGGAUUGGAGAAACACAAAGAAAAAAAUCAAUUUGAAGAAAAUCUUCUGUUGGGUGAGAAAAAUACUCUUAGCAAGAAGGUUUUUCAUUAGUAAAAUAGCUGAUUAAACAUGAUUUUUGAUUAGAUUUUUUUAUAAAUAAGAAUUUUCUGAUAGUUUUCUUUUACUUAUUUAAAAAAAAUUAAACUUUUGAUGUAUUUCUACAGGGGCUGUUUUAGCAGACACGACAUUUCUUUUUAUUUAUCUCGCAUAUAAUCAAACAUCUGAAAGAAUCUGAUUAAUAUUUCAAAAAUGUCAAAUUUUUUAGGUGCUAUUUUGUAGGAAGAAAAGAAAAAAAAAAUAUAUAUAUAUAUAUAUAUAUAUAUUUGGGCCAAUUUGUUUAAAAAAAAAGGGCAGAAUUUAAAGAAAUGUGUGUUUUGCACAAGAGACAGCAUGAUAAAAUCCCCUCCAAGAAUAUGUAUGAAUCUUUGAUAAAACUUUAUCUAAUCUCUGGUUUGGAACUUAACGAACAACAUUUCUGGCGACUGAAAAGAACCAAUGAGAACCCAGAAUUCCUCCCUUUGACGCAGAGCAGGGGAAUUCUGGGGAAGGCGCUGUGCAAGUAAACAUGUUUUAAAAAGAAAAUCCCAAAACAUGAUUGUCUUUAAGCAAAAACUUCAUUGUAAGUGUUGCGUUUGGUCAAAAAAAGAAUCCACUUUUCACCAUGGAGGUCCAAAGCCAACACUACAAUACUUGCUUGAACUUUUAUUUGCAUGUGACAGUUGUGACUGUUUUUCUCUUCUUACGGUUAGCAGAUUAGGUUUGUUGUUUUGAACCAGUAUUACUAGUUUCUAGGCUUAACUUACAAAAGACCAGAGCUUAACAAUUGGAGGAAUUUGUUUGUGACUUCAACUGACGAGAAUUGAGCCAUGAAGGGAGAAAUGCACUUUAAAAAUAUUUUUUUUAAUGUAUUUUUAUUGAGAUUUCUAAUUUUUUUGUAAUAAAAAUGUGAUGUUUCUUUACAAUUUAGCUUUUUUAGUAAGUUUUUGUUCCUUAAUUUGAAAAUGUUGUUUCCAGUCACUUCAUUUUUUCAAGACUUCCAGGAGAAUUCUUAAAUAUGACUAAGCAUCCUGGGAAAAAAACAAUCAUUUCAAGCCAAUAGAAGCUUGUUUGACUCUGUCUGCUCAUGCCCUGUUACACCAUCUACAGCAAGCCUUUAACAGAGCUCUAACUGAAUGUAUUUUUUUUAAUUGAAUGAGAAUGUUUGUUUGUUAAAUUUCUUUAGAAUCAGGAUUUUUUUUUUUUUAUUUGAGUCUAAAAGAUUUUUUUGGUUUGUGUCUGCUCAGGGAUAAGACGUAGUUUAUUUUAGAGUACUUUGGUUUGAUACAAACUUGAAAACGUGUCUCUAUUUCUGAUUUUUUUGUAAUAAACAAUUGUAAUGUAUUUAUUCAUGAAGCAAUUUUGAUAUAAUUUCAGCUGUACAAUAAA